CACACAGAAGACACAGAAGGAGCAGAAUGGACUGCGAGCAGACAAACCCCUGCACAGCCUAUGUGUGAAGAGUGCAUACCCUUUUUUUGUGUGGAUAGAUUGGGAGACCUGCUACCAGUCGAGAACAACGCACCGGUAGAGCAUCAGGGCAGCGAUGUUCCACAGGCUCAAAUGUCCCUGGACUCAAGUCUCUAUAUUGUCCAGUGGGACAAAAAGUGAAAUCUCAGCUGAUCGUAUCUGCAAUAGACCUCAGAAUCUGCUGGAGUUUUGAAGAGAGGAAUCUAACUUUUGAAAGAAGGACUCUACCCAGGAAUCACCUCAGUAAGGAUCCUCAGUUUUCUCCUUGGCUCUGUGGCCACAAGUGGGAUAUGUCUCCCUGCCUCUGGCUCUGGCUGACAGCCCUAUUGGUAAGAGCUGGUGUGGCACAGGACCAGCGCCCAGACUCUGAGGGCACUGCUGGCACAAGUAGCACCAGUGGUAGUAGCAGCAGGCGACGCUACAACCGCAUACAGCAUGGAGGUUGCACCUACACCUUCCUGCUGCCAGAGAAUGAAGGCAGUGGAGCCCCCUGUUGGGAUGGAAGGGCAAGGGUAAGAGCAGGUGGCCAGUACAAUGGUAAUGCUCUUCAGAGAGACGCACCACAGCUGGGACAGGACUUCUCUGAGCAGAAGAUCCAGCGUCUGGAACAUAUCAUGGAGAACUACACCCAGUGGCUUCAGAAGAUUGAGAGCUCCAUCAGGGAGAGCAUGCGGACAGAACUGGCUCAGCUGCAGCAGACCGCGGUGCACAACCAGACAGCUGCCAUGCUGGAGAUGGGCACCAGCCUGCUGUCACAGACGGCUGAACAGACCAGAAAACUGACUGACGUGGAGACGCAGGUUUUAAAUCAGACGUCAAGACUCGAAAUCCAGCUGCUGGAGAACUCCCUCUCAACCAACAAGCUGGAGAGACAGCUCCUCCAGCAGACCAAUGAAAUCAGCAAACUCCACGACAAGAACGGGUUUCUGGAGCGAAAGAUGCAGGAGAUGGAAACGUGGCACCAGAAGGAGUUGCAGUCCUUGCGGGAGGAGAAAGGAAGCCUGCAGGAUCUGGUGAGGAGGCAGACAGGAGUGAUCCGCGAGUUGGAGGUCCAGCUGGGCCGAGCCACUGGAAACAAUAGCGCCCUCCAGAGGCAGCAGCAAGCUCUGGUGGACACAGUCAGCAGCAUUCUCCGUCUCUGCUCCCGGGAAGGAGUGGCUCUGAACAUCUCGAAGCAGGCGGAGGAAGAAAGGAAGUUUCGAGAUUGUGCAGAUCUUUUCCAAGCUGGGUACAAUAAAAGUGGAGUGUACACCAUUCAUAUUGGCAUGCAGGACACCAAAAAGGUGUACUGUAACAUGGAGGUGCAAGGAGGGGGGUGGACAGUGAUUCAGCGGAGGCAGGAUGGCAGCGUGGACUUCCACAGGACCUGGAAGGAGUAUAAGAUGGGUUUUGGGAGUCUGUCUGGAGAGCAUUGGCUGGGGAAUGAGCUGGUUUUCCUCCUCACCAGCAGGAGGCAGUAUGCUCUGCGUAUUGAGCUGACUGACUGGGAUGGUCACCUCGCCUUCUCCCAUUAUGACAGGUUUCACAUUGGCAGUGAGAAGAAUAAUUACAGACUGUUCCUGAGGAGCCACAGUGGAACUGCAGGCAGACAGAGCAGUUUAGUGAUCCAGGGAGUGGACUUCAGCACCAGGGACAUGGACAAUGACAACUGUAUUUGCAAGUGUGCCCUAAUGCUGACUGGAGGUUGGUGGUUUGAUGCCUGUGGACCAUCCAACCUCAAUGGCUUGUACUAUAUGCAUGGACAGAGCAUCGGUAAGCUCAAUGGCAUCAAGUGGCACUACUUCAAAGGCCCCAGUUACUCCCUGCGGGCCACCGCCAUGAUGAUUCGACCACUGGACUUCUGAAGGAACCCCUUGCUGUCAGUCCUUUCUUUUGAUGAUACUUUCCACUCAGGCUGGUUUGGUCCUGGGAUGGAGGUCUUCCAGGUUCUUUAAAACCUCUUUGCAUGGAGUGGAAAGGACCAGGUAGUGGAAAGGAGGACUCAUCAAAUCCAUCACUGUACAACCAAAUGUUGACUGGUCUGCUCUUGAGAACGCAGGUCUCUCUUUGGAUUCAUGGACAGCCAUUGGUGGCCAGUCAGCCUAUUCAGAUACAUGACAUUGCUUCUUUGUGUACAUUUUUCUUACGGCAUCUAUAGUUUGCAUAAAUCACCAUCUCCUGUGGGCAUUUUCAAGAGCUUUAGAAAAGCCUUUAUGUAGGACAGUGCCAUGUCAAAAAUAAUGUCAAUGCCAUUUGUUCUUCAAUGUUUUUUAUAUGUAAAAAUGUAUUUUGAUGUUAAAGGCUAGAGUGCAAAGCAAUAAAUGAUUUUUAAUGUA